CUGCUGAGUAGAUCUGUGCACGUUGAGUGGAGAACCCCGUCGAUAAAUCGGCCUUUUUCACACAAAUGGCGGCGUGAAGUGUGUCGCUGACUUCGGCACGUAACUUGGCAGCACCUUCGGAAACAGAUUCAUAACCGCCUUCGUGCGGGCAGACCCUAACUCGCCAUGCCGCAGAACGAGCACAUUGAGCUGCACCGCAAGCGGCAUGGGUACCGGCUCGACCACCAUGAGCGCCAGCGCAAACGCCUGGGCCGAAAGCCGCACGAGGAUGCGCAGAAGGCCAAGAAACUCCGGGGUCUCAAGGCCAAGAUGUACACCAAGCAACGCUACUCCGAGAAGGUGCAGAUGAAGAAGACCCUGAAAAUGCACGAGCAGAAGAAGACCAAGCAACGUGGCGAAGAAAAGGCGGCAGAGGGCGCCGUUCCGGUCUACCUCCUGGACCGCGAAAAUCAAAGCCGAGCCAAAGUCCUAUCCAACAUGAUCAAGCAGAAGCGAAAGGAGAAGGCGGGAAAGUGGGACGUGCCCAUCCCCAAAGUCCGCGGACUCGGGGACUCCGAGACGUUCCGGGUGAUCACGACUGGCAAGCGGAAGAAGAAAUCGUGGAAGAGGCUGGUCACGAAGGUGACGUACGUCGGAGAAGGGUUCACGCGGAAACCCCCUAAGUUCGAGAGGUUCAUCCGCCCCAUGGGGCUGCGGUUCAAGAAAGCGCACGUGACCCAUCCGGAGCUGAAGGCGACGUUCUGCCUGCCCAUCAUCGGGGUGAAGAAGAAUCCAAACUCUCCGCUCUACACCCAGCUGGGGGUGAUCACAAAGGGGACGGUGGUUGAGGUGAACGUCAGCGAGUUGGGACUGGUGACGCAGGGCGGAAAAGUGGUCUGGGGGAAGUACGCCCAGGUGACGAACAAUCCGGAGAACGACGGUUGCAUCAACGCUGUGCUCUUGACAUUUAGAAGGUUGCUGUUUGUUCUGAAAGUAUUGUUCUGGUUUUGUUUUUGCAGAGCCGACAGCAUGCAGAUAUUCGUGAAGACCUUAACUGGCAAGACCAUCACUCUUGAGGUCGAGCCCAGUGACACUAUCGAAAAUGUCAAGGCCAAGAUCCAAGACAAGGAAGGCAUUCCACCCGACCAGCAGCGUCUGAUCUUCGCCGGCAAGCAGCUGGAAGAUGGACGUACGCUUUCGGACUACAACAUCCAGAAAGAGUCCACCCUUCACCUCGUGCUGCGUCUCCGCGGAGGCGCCAAGAAGCGCAAGAAGAAGAAUUACACCACUCCCAAGAAGAACAAGCACAAGAAGAAGAAGGUCAAGCUCUCUGUGCUCAAGUUCUACAAAGUGGACGAAAAUGGCAAGAUCACACGCCUGAGGAGAGAGUGCCCUAGUGAGGACUGUGGUGCUGGAGUCUUCAUGGCUGCCCACUUCGACAGGCAGUACUGCGGAAAGUGCUGCCUCACCUACGUCUACAACAAACCUGAGGAGAAGUAGUGGACUCUAAAUAAAACGCUGGUGUUACCUCAA